AUGAAAGCAGGAAGAAUUCGCACGUUUUGUAACAAUUGUGAGGAAGAAGACUCGGACGACGAGCAAGAAGAUGGCGGGCAGGAUUUCAAAAGGAUACUUAAGGACAUACAAGGAAAAGUCAGCACUCUUCCGGGAUUAAGAAAGCAGCUAAAUCAUAUAAUGGAAAGCAUGAGUUUAUUAUCCGAUAAAUAUGACACUUUGCUAGCGGAACACGAAGAGUCAAAAAAGAAAAUUAUACAUUUAGAAAAGUCUUUUAUAACAAUUAGCAACAAAAAUGUGUACUUGGAAAAAUGCAACAUAGUACUCGAGCAAAGAUUGGAUAAAUUCGACCAAACUUCGCGCAAACAUAACCUAGAAAUUGUGGGUAUUGAGCAACUACCCAACGAAAAUAUACAGGCGUUGAUUAAAACACUUGGAGACAUGCUCGAGGUAAAUACUACGGACAUUGAAUGGGUGAGCCGACUGCCACAACGAAAAUCGUGUGAUAAACCAGCACCUAUCAAAGUGGGUUUUACGGUUAACGGUACCAACGCCCGUGAUGCCUGGCUAUCUCAGCGACGAAAACUUGCGGAAAUAUCCAGUUGUGAUGUUACAGGGGGAUCCCAAAAAUAUAAAAUAUACCUUAAUGAAGACCUUACAAAACCUACCCGAGAGCUGCUAUGGAAAACUAAGAAACAACUUCGGGGCACAUAUAAAUAUAUCUGGGUGCAUAAUGGUAAAAUUUUAGUUAAAAAAGGGGAUGGUGAUAAGUCGAUAUUAAUUCAGUCUGAAGGUGAUAUAUGUGACCUACUCAAUAAGUGAAGGUACCUAUUAUAUAAAAUUGUGUUUGUGAUUAAAUUUACAUAGUUAAAUCAUUUUGCACAGAUUCGCGAGUAUAAAUAAUUUAGAAGAUACCAUUAUAUCUAGUGGUUCAGCAGAUGCGGUUUGCUAUCGUGAAAUACACAGCUGGUCGCAAAGUAUU